CAGGCUCCGGGCCGGGACACACACAGAGGGAUCGAGUCGGCGAUGAGUGGCAUCUGGAGCGCUGUGCGGUGGUGGGACGAAUGGCAGAUGCGCGUCCUCGUCGCCGCCAGCCUCCUGAUACAGUGGUUCCUCCUGCUGGCGGCGCCGAUGCGCAAGUACACCAUCGGGACCUGGCUCCGGUGGCUCAUCUGGCUGGCGUACAUCAGCUGCGACGCCCUGGCCAUCUACGCGCUGGCCACCCUCUUCAACCGCCAGACCAAGGCCAGCAAUCCCUGCUACACCGGCGCCAGGGCGAGCUACCUCGAGGUGCUCUGGGCGCCGGUGCUCCUCAUCCACCUCGGCGGCCGGGAGGAGAUCACCGCCUACCACAUCGAGGACAACGAGAUGUGGACGCGCCACACGGUGACGCUCGUGUCCCAGGUCACCGUCGCCCUCUACGCCUUCUACAAGACGUGGCCCGACUCUGGCGACCGCCGCCUGCUCUGGUCCGCGGUCGUGCUCUUCUUCAUCGGGAUCCUCAGCUUCUGCGAGAAGCCGUGGGCGCUCCGGCGGGCCAGCAUCAACCGCCUCGUCUCCGUCUACUCCUCGCUCGCCGCUGGGGAGCGGCAGAAGCCCACGUCGGCGUGGGAGUACCUCUUCACCGAGCUCGAGAUCGGCGGCGGAUCCAUUGUCAGGAUGAAGAAGAAGCCGCGGAGCACGAUCCUGUCAGACGGCGACAAGGUCCAGAUGAUCCUCUCCGACAUGUCACUGGGCGCCGCCGCCGCCGCCGCCGCGCAGAAGAACCCGGGCUUGUCGAAGGACGACGUCCUGGGCACGCUCUAUGCCGGCGCCGAGAAGAACAUGAAGAGCUGGCUGCGCCGGGCGUUCGGGCUCAUCUACACCAGGGCCAACGUGGUGUCCACGCCGGCAUACUUGGCCUGCCAUGUCCUGCUGGUGCCGACACUGCACGCCACCGCCAUCGCCCUCUUCGCGAUGAGCCACAAGCACGCAUACGAGCAGUUCAAUGCCGCCGACGUCAAGAUGACCUACGUCAUCCUAAGCUUCACCGCGGUGCUCGACGUCUUCGGGGUGCCCAUCAGCGAGCUCCUGUACUGGGUCCUGUCCAAGACCAAGAUCCCUGCGCUGUGCGAGAUGCUCCCGGGCGACAAUCUCAUCGAUGCGGUCCAGAAGGUGAAGAACCCCAGAACCGGACGGUUGAUCAAGUGGGCUAGGAGCCUCGGAUACAAGGGACGCUUCUUCCACCGCGACAACCGCAGCAACAAUCUCUACGGCAAGGUCGCCGGGUUUGUGGUAGCGGAGCUCUUGGGGGACAAGAAGAAGAAUUGGGCUCUGAAGAAGCUCGAGGUGUUGUUCAAGGAGAACGAUAAGGGCAUCACCAACACCAACACAGCGAUCUGGAAGAGCCUGCGCCAGCUGCCAUUCGACGAGAGCAUCCUCCGGUGGCACAUCGCCACUGACCUUUGCUGCCGCCUCAGCCCUCCGCCCAAGGGGCUGGAUUCCUACACGUACACCCACAGCAAAUGCGCGGCGGGGAUGUCCAACUACAUGGCGCACCUGCUCAACUGCCGGCCGGACAUGCUGAUGACCGGCAGCCGGCAGCACCUCUUCAACGAGGCCCUCCGGAGCAUGGACUCCAUGGGCAGAGUGGUAUGGCGGAGCAUCGACGACGCCAAGGACGCCUGCAGCAAGCACGCCCUCAUCCAGGAGGCUUGGAACCACGCCAAGGAGCUGGUGGAGCUUGGCGAUGACAAGACCCGGUGGGAGAUCAUGUACAGGGUGUGGGUUGGGCUCCUCUGCUACUCGGCCAGCAUGUGCAGGGGCUACCAGCACGCCAAGAGCCUCGGCGAAGGCGGCGAGUUCCUCUCCUUCGUGUGGCUCGUCAUCGCGCUCAAGGGGGCCAAGACAUUGGCCGACAAGCUUCAGAUGCCGGACGAUGACGAUGACGAUGAAGGAGCCACCCAAGAAACCACCGGGGAGACCAAGGAAGAAGAAAGAAUCGACUUGCUUGAUUGAUACUCGGGUGUUCUACGUAAGACGCCCUUGCAUUGUUUACGUGUGCUUACUUUUGAGUUAGUUGCAGGCUUCCCAUUGGCUGGGAGGGGCUUGUUGCAAUUCGUCAUUUGUAUCUGCGCAUUAGAAUUGAGUCAUUGACUAGCAAAAAUGCGUGUGCGUUGCUAUGGGCAGAGGUUCAUAUAUUGCACUGUAAUAUUAUUAUAUUAAACAUGAUUUUAUAAAA